UAGCGAUCACUUCGCUAGCACCCGCAUCUCUUGACAGUGACAGAUCAGCGGAGACCUUCGCUUGCUGUGAUGACAGUUUGGAGACUGUCGCAAUUUCAUCAAUAAAGCUCGAAAGGUUUUGGCUGCCUGCAUACAGGUUCCCUAGAUGCAAUAUGAACGCCCGGAAAGGAAAGCCGAAUUUAAAAGUGAAGCUGGAGCCGUCGAGUUCCGGAAGUGGAAGCAGUGUACCGGAUAGUGCCGAGAACGCGACCCCCCGGAACCUGGACAAACGAGCAACACUGACCGUGGGCGAGCGAUCAUUUCUCGUCGAAGCAGAUCACCUUCGGAAGCUGGCUGACUUGGGUCGCGGAGCAUAUGGCAUUGUGGAGAAAAUGUUGCACCAACCGUCGGGCACGGUAAUGGCGGUGAAGCGUAUUACGGUCACGAGCGGCAUGGGAGCGGCGGGCGGUGCCGGUGGUGGCAUACAGUCGCAGGAGCAAAAGCGAUUACUGAUGGACUUGGACGUGUCGAUGCGAGCCAGCGAUUGUCGGCAUACGGUUCAGUUCUACGGCGCAUUGUUUCGCGAGGGCGAUGUCUGGAUCUGCAUGGAGGUGAUGGACACGAGCAUUGAUAAAUUCUACCCCGUAGUGUAUAAGCGGCAGGGGCGUACCAUUCCGGAGCACAUCCUCGCCAGCAUUGCGCGGGCUAUCGUGCGUGCCCUGCACUACUUGCACAUGAAGCUGAGCGUCAUCCAUCGGGAUGUGAAACCAUCGAACGUACUGAUGAACCGCCGCGGGGAAGUUAAAAUGUGCGAUUUCGGAAUUUCCGGGUACCUGGUGGACUCGGUUGCCAAAACGAUUGAUGCCGGCUGCAAACCGUACAUGGCACCGGAGCGGAUCGAUCCGACGCGCAGCAAAGCGCAAGGCUAUGAUAUUAAGUCGGACGUGUGGUCGCUCGGCAUCACGAUGGUCGAGAUAGCAACCGGGAAAUUCCCGUACGCCACCUGGCGGACGCCCUUCGAGCAGCUGAAGCAGGUCGUCACGGACGAGCCGCCGAGGCUGCCGCAGCGAGCCGCGCCGGGCUCGGACGAGUUUAGCGCCGAGUUUCAUGCCUUCAUCAACAGCUGCCUGCAAAAGGACUACCAGCAACGUGCCAACUAUGAGCAGCUUCUUGCGAUGGACUUCAUGAAGCGCCCCGACGAUGGCGACGAAAUAAGUGAUAUGGCGCAGUACGUAUGCGCGAUACUGGACGAGCGAGAUGGACCGCUCGGGGACGGUGGAAGCAGUAGUAACGGCGAGUAAUGUAAAUAACAACUUUUUCAGGAUACAAAUAAACAUAGGGAAGUGUAAAAACCAAUUGCAUGCUAAAAUAAGGAACUGAUUUGUUCUAUUUUGUUUGUUUCGAGACAUGAAAAGCCCUAUUUCGAAGAGGAAAGCUGUAGGAAGAAAUCAAUGUCAACACGUAUUUGCAGACGAUUCUGCAAGGUUUCAAUGCUACAUAUAUUAUAACGCGUUCAGUUGUUACAAAUAAUCAAGAGAAUUGUAAGA